AAGUUAGAUUUUCAGAAUGUACAAUCCACCACCUGGAGGCGGCGGUGGCAACAAUGGAGGAGAUCAAUCUCAACAACAACCUACAAAUAAUGCGACGUUGUUUUUAUUACAAAUGAUUCAACAAUCACAACAUCAACAACAGCAUCAGAAUCAACAACAACAACAACUGGAACUUCAAAUACGUGAUCAAGAGCGUAUUUUGAUAGAACAACAAAGAAUGCAACAUCAACAACAACAAAAUCAACUUCUUCAAGGACUCAAUCAAUUUCCAUUUAAUCCUUUAGGAUUAUUUCAAGUACAAGCUGCUGUUCAAGCAGCUCAGGCACAAUUUGCACAAAAUGCUCAAGGUUCUCCAAUUCCUUUUCAUAUCGGUUCUCCACUUCAACCAUCACAUUCACCAGCAGCUUCUGCUCUUCAGCAACAAUAUCUACUACCAUCUCAUUCACCGGCAAUAACCCCAUUUGCUAGAAAUAGUGAAGCUGCAAGAAAUAUUGAACAAUUUAUUGCACAGGAAGAGGCUGCAAAUGUACCAAGGGCCAACAGUCAACAACAAUCUCCAUUGAUUCGUCCGAUUCCACAGCAACAAGCUUUGAAUAUUCAAAAUCUCACAUCGACUCAACAGGCACAACAAAUCCUGGCCCAUCAUCGUCAGGUUCCCGUUCAACAAGUACAGCAUCAGCAGCAUAUUCCCACUCCUCCACUAGCCCUUCCAAUUGCUCAACAAGGACCAAUUUCUAAUGAAGUUCCUUCAGUUCCUCCAGUUGUUCCAGCAACUUCUGCAGGGUGUCCUCAACGUGAGCCUCGUCAACAACAAGGUGGCCGACGACAAAAUCGUCCAGGUCGUCGAAAGAAACCAGAAGGUCCACCACGUGUUGAUGAAGCUCUCGCCUAUCUGAGAGUUAUUAAAAGUACUUUCUCAUCUGAUGUACCCGUUUAUCAUCGAUUUUUGGAAAUUAUGAAGGAUUUUCGUGCUCAGAGAAUUGAAACACCUGAUGUGAUUGAACAAGUAGCAGAACUUUUAUAUGAUUCACCGGAACUUGUUCUUGGAUUCAAUACUUUUCUGCCAACUGGAUAUCGUAUCACAUUGACUCCAGAUCGAAAAUAUGUUUUUUCUUCGCCACAAAUGCAGCCAAGGGUUCUGCUAUCGCCUGACGAACGCCGAGCCCGUGCAAUUGAAGCUGGAGCACAAGCUGUAGGAGCAAUUGAGUUGGGUUCUCAAGAAGGAAUAUCAAAAGACGAAGACCGUACAAUUGAAGAUGAAGAUAUGGAUAAAAGUAAAGAAAAAGAUGAUGUAGAUGGAAUUGAUGAUGAAGAUGAUGAAGAAUCUGGAAUAGAAGAUAAAAAUAAUGAAGAAAUGAUGGAAGAAGAUAAUCAUUUGAUUGAAGAAAUUAUUUGUGAUGAUAGAAAGAAGGAUGAUUGUGAAGAUUCACAACAAGAGAUCGAAAUGUCAAGUGAAUUGGCUGCUCAUACACUGAACAUAAUCGAACUUCUCAAAAAAUCGUUUCUGGCUCGCCCGACGAAACUUGUUGAUUUCAUGACGUUCAUUGACUUCUUCAUGAGUGAUCAACAAUAUAAAAAAGAUAUGGAAAAAUUGAGAAAAGAUGAUGAGGAUGACGAGAUUGAAGAAAAUGAGAAAAUCGAAGUUGAUGAUGUUCCAGGACCAUCCAAUGCACCACAAGAAAUCAAAAAACCUGAUGAUAUUGAGAAAAAAGAUUCAUCGAAAAAUCUGCAAAUUGAGGAAUCGUGCUCAGAUUAUCUUGUCUCAAUGCUUGCUAAUUGUUGUAUUGGAGAACCUGAUCUUCUUGCAGCAACUAUUGAUUUUCUUCCAUAUCUUGGGAAACUUCUUGUUAAUGGAUCUGAUGCGAUAGCAUUGAAAAUCAAAACAAUUCUCCAUUUCUCCGCCACCAACGAUCGUAACGAUAUUCCACCUGUAAAUCGUGUAAAUCCAUCCGAUGUCGACAUGGAUUUAGUGAAACAAAUGGAAAAAUGCAAAAUGGGGACUAAAAAGAAUGAAAAACUGAAACUAAAAGUUGCUGGGCAAGGCGAUGAAGGAGCAACCGUGGAAUUGAUGAUACUCAAGAAAUCAUACAGAAUUCUUUAUGAAAGGCUAAAAAGUCGAACAACACCGAAUCAACUGUCUCACCUGAUGGUUUUGAUAAAUGCCUACGCAAAUUUGGAUAUAACCCGAGAACAAUUGAUUAGUGAACUUCCAAAGAUCAUGGGAACAUCUGGUUCUGAUCUUGAAAUGAUUAUUCUCCAAUUAUUGGGUGCAGAAAAAGAACCAAAAAAUCGACCAGAGAAUGAUAUGGAUGCAGUUAUGAGAAAAGAUUUACCUGCCAUUCAACCAAAACGAGGUCUUCGUGAUCAAAAAAUGUUGCAACAAGUGAAGAAUGUUGAAGCAGCAACAGUGUGUACACUAGGUCCUAGUUAUCGAUUUAUGAAGGAUACGAAAGCAACUGAUUGUAGUGGACGUGUUGAGCUGGAUGAUGAUCUCAAAGGAGUUCUCAAUGAUACGUGGACAUCAAUACCAUCAUGGUCAUCUGAAGAUACUGGUAGUCAGGCGAUUAAGAAAUCGAAUUUGGAAGAAUUUCAUUUCAAAACCGAGGAUGAACGUUAUGAGCUUGAUAUUAUUGUUGAUUCAAAUCGAACUGUCAUCGAACAAUUGUCAAAAACACUUCGAGAUUACGAGGCGAUGAGUGAUGAAGAUAAGAAGUCGUUCAAAUUGGACAAAUGGCUCAAUGCUUCAUCUCGAUCCACCACAAUUCGUGUUCUAGCAAAAGUCUUCACAAACUCUGCUCAAGAUUUCAUUGAUGCUGCACAAAAGAAUCCACUUGUAGGUUUACGACGAAUUCUUGAAAGUCUGAAGGAGAAAGACUUGCUGUGGAGUCGAUUCCAACAGGAUACUAACAGAACAUGGAGAGACGCUUUGGACAAGCAAAUGUCGGCUGCAACGACGAUUUUGAAUAAUCAACACAAGAAUUACGAUCAAAAAGCGUUCAAGUCGAAGCCUCUUGUUAAUCAAAUCGAACAAAUCUGUGAGGAAAGACGGAAAAAUAAUAGCACGGACACUUCUCCACAUUUAAUUCUGGAAUAUACACCGGAACGAAAAGUGUAUAGAGAUGUAAAUGACGUCACUGGUCACUUUUUCCAUGAUCUUUCGGGAACGAAAUGUGAUAGAGAUCGAACGAAAAUUGUCUUAUUCAGAAUCUUGAUGGAAUGGCUUUGUCAGGAGGGACAACAAGUUCAAAUUGAUCUGGAUAAUGGAGAAAUAUUCAAAUUUCAAGGAGAUUUAAACGAAGACGAAAAUCUAAUGACUCUACUGAACAUGGAUGGUCGUCGUAUUUGUGGAGAUCGUGUCGUACCAGUGUCCACAUCUCUUGAAUCGAAUGAAAGUUCGAUUGAUCAUUUCAGCGAAAAUCUUCAUCAAAAGAGAACACGAAGAACAUUUUAUGGAGAUGACAGUGUCUACAUGAUUAUUCGAUAUCAUCACAUGAUUCAGGAGAGAUUUGCCAAGAUUCUUUCCACUCAGGCAAUUUACGCCCAAGAGCACUUUGAUAAUCAGAAGAAAAAUAAGCGAUGGGAAGACGGCAUAGGAGCUGAUAUGCACGGAAGAAAAGCUCUCCAGGAGAAUAUAAAGCAACGAAGAGCAGCUGUCAAUGAUAUUCGAAACGUUCGCUCAUGUCCCUCAUCUUCGUACGAGACGACACUUCGUGAGCUGAAACAACUGGGAAAUGCUCAAAUGGAUAUAGUAGCAUUCGAGGAAGCCGUCAAGAACUUGUUCCCAGGAGAUAUUGUAUUAUUUAACAAUAUUGAUAAAUUAUUCUCAUCACUCGCCAAGAAUAUUCAUCACGCUACGUGUGCUGAAGAACGAGAGAAUCCUAUCAAAUUGUAUCUGAAAUAUCGUCAAAGAAUAAUGAAUGCAGAACGUGAUGAAGAUAUGGAAAGUGUUAUACAAGAAUAUGGACAAACUGCUGAAGAAGUGCUACGUGGAAAGAAUACUUAUCGAUUCGAAUUUGUUGAAGAGCAAAAUAAACCGUUCAUCAAAAUUUGGGUUAUUCCUAGAGAGGAGAAAGACGAUGAUGACGAUGAUGAUGAAGAAGGAAAUGAAGGUGGAAAAGAUGAAGAUAAUGUGAAAGAUGAAGAUGAUGGAGGUGAUGGAGAAGGAAGAGAUGGUCCUGAUGAUGAUCAGCCUCCGCCCUCAAAUGACGAUGGUGAUGACGAGGAAGACGAAGACGAUGAAGAAGAUGGACCUUCUGGAGCAGACGAACCAGAAUCUACGUCAGGAUCAGGCAAUGUUCCAAUGGAUCAUCUGAAUAUUGGAGAAAACUUUUUAUGGUCGCCUCCUGAGGAAAAAGUGUGUACCGGCAAGAUGACAACAAAUGAAAAAGAACAGAGAAACAGUGUUGACUAUAUGAAGGUGACCACGACACCUCGGCUCCGUAUUCAUAAAAGAAUGCUGAAAGAACAUAAAGGUUGUAAUGUUGAAUUGAUGACUGGAUUCCAACAAUUAUCAGCUAUCGUGCCUUUAAUGUAAUGUAUUGAAAUUGCUUUUACUAUUCACUCGCAUAUUUAUUUUUUGACUAUUUGGCCUCACUUUGAAUCUCGAUAUUUCACACCCGUUCUAUUUUGAUUUUCAUGUUCCUUGCUGGAAAAUAUUUUCUAUUUGUUGAAAAUUCAUAUUGAUUUCCAAUGAUAAAACAGUAUCUGUAGUAGGUCAAAA